AUGCUGCAGCCUCAUUUUCCAAUUUCUGCCGAAAGCUCGCAGCCACACCAAUACCGCGGGCCCCUACACAAUGCGGCUUUUCACGGCUCUUCAUUAAGCGGCUCAUGGAUUCCACAUUUAGAUGCUGACUCAAGUCUUCGUUCCAACUUCACUUUCCCUCCUCGCCCAUUGCAAGAGUCAUCCAUUCAUGCGCAUCAGUCGCCGCCGCAGCUUGCUCAUCCAAUUUCUGUGCCUACUUCUAAAAGAGCAGACGCUCAAUCAGCUGAAAACGUGCAAGCACAGCUUGCCUCGCAACAACUUUCCUCGGAACUGUCACCCGAGUUUCUCAUGGCUGGUGGUGGACUUGUCAACCUAACUACUUUAGGACUUGGCGGCGCCUGGAAUGAAUCGGAUGAUAAAGGCAUUGAUACUAUCGCUACACCUCGUUCAGCGCAGCGCCACACUCGGUCUAGUAGCGCAUCGAGUGCGAUGAUGCAUCGUUCGAGUAUGGACAACUUGCUGUCGGGUCUUCCUCAAGCUCAAGCACAGCUUGCAGCACUUCAUCGGAGCAGACAGCAAAUCGGACCAAACUCACACGGACGCUCCACGUCACAUGGACGCUCAGCAAGUAUGGGAUCAAACGCAGGUGUGCCACGCCGAGCCUUGUUUGGAAGUUACUUGCCGCAAACUAGUUUGCCGCUUCUUUUGCUUACAGGGAAAUUGGUUGUUGGAAUUCUCCGCGUAAAUAAACGGAAUCGCAGCGAUGCUUGGGUCUCAACGGAAGUACUGGAGCAUGACAUCUUCAUUAGUGGCUCUAAAGAUCGUAACCGCGCAUUAGAGGGGGAUAUUGUUGCUGUGGAGCUGCUCAAUCCGCAAGAGGUAUGGCAAACGAAACGAGAUAAGGUGGACAAGAAGAAACGCAAAGAAGAGCACAAUGCGAGUGGAAAUUGGUCCGUCUUAACUGCACGAGGCGCUGGACGUCGCGCAGACAAGGCGCGUGAUGAUAUCGAAGUUGAGGGCGCACAGCUCAAAUUGAUUCAAGAUGAAGAAGAGAGUGAGAACAAAGCGCCACUACUGGCUGGCCAUGUUGUGGCUAUAGUUGAACGCAUGCCAGGACAAAUAUUUCCAGGUACUCUAGCGCUCUUACGUCCCAGCAGUGCAGCAACGAAGGAAAAGCAGCAGGCAGAACGUGGUGAAGAUGAUGAUGUGACGCCAGGCACACCAGGCACACCGCGCCCAAAAAUUGUUUGGUUCCGCCCGUCAGACAAGCGCGUGCCUUUAAUUGCGAUUCCUGCUGAUCAAGCACCAGACGAUUUUUGGAUCGACGGACAUCAAGAAAAGUAUAGUCGUUGCCUUUUUGUGGCCUGCAUCAAACGAUGGCCUAUCACUUCUCUACAUCCAUUCGGGUCGCUGGUGGAUCGUUUAGGCCCAAUUGGGUCUUUGGAAGCUGAGUCUCAGGCGCUUGUCCGCUCUCACUGCCAUAGUAUUGUGGCACCAAUUUCUGAGCCGGCGCUGCGCUGUGUACCAACAGAGUCGUCUCUGAUUACUGAUACAGAAGCCAAAUUACGGCGCUCAUUUUGCGGCUUCACUGUAGUUGGCCAAGGACCUUGCGAAGUCGCACUGUCUGUGGAUCCUGGCGAACAAGACACCGUGGUUGUUGGUGUGCACGUGGCUGAUAUAACACAUUUUCUGAGCUCUGGAUCGGCACUAGAUCGCGAGUCUCUUCGUCGUGGUGCAUCAGUACAUCUUGUCCAGCAUUCGUAUGAGAUGCUUCCUUCUAGCUUGUUGCAUAUCGUUGCCUUCCAAAAAGGUCGCAAGUCACUAGCCAAAUCGGUCAUCUUCACACUUCGAAAAAAUUGCGUUGUUGAUAUGUGGAUGGGUCGAUCAAUCAUCCAUGUAUCGCAUGAGACGAACUUGUUGGAACUAGAGCAUGCUUUACAGGGAGGAAAGACCCCUAUACCGAUCACCACUGAACUUUUGGGCGCCGCUCUUGAGUUUGCUCGACAACUUCGUUCGGACCGCAUCUCGCGAGGCGCUUUAUGCCUGCCUCGUUCACGACUUGAGUUCGAUCUCGAUGAACAACAACGCCCGACGUGUGUUCGUUGCGAGUGCGACUCGAACUCGAAUGCGAGCUUGCUACUAAAUGAACUGUGCAUUCGCACCAACACGGCAGUGGCGCAUCGUCUAGCUGCAGGGUUUGAAUCCAAUGCUUUGUUACUACGACAGGAUGCACCUCUUGAACGGGCUUUAGAGGAGCUGUCGACCAAUUUAGGCGCGCUCGGCGUUCCAAAAGAUCAGGUCAACAUCACUACACUUCCAGCUGCCCUUGCUGCCCUUCCCUCAUCUUUUCAGAGUGUCGGCGCUGCGCUAGUUGAAAACGCAUUAUCACCUUCGAAGUUUUUCACACCUGCUCUGGUUGAUGUCACCAAGUUUGCGCAUUACUCACUCGGUGAGCCUGUGUAUACACAUUUCACUUCGCCGCUUCAGCGAUAUUCAAAUAUUUGUGUACAUCGCCAGUUGGAUGCUAUCUUGGAUGAUAAAGUAACUGGAACUCUGCGCGGUGACAUUUUCACUAAGCUUGCUCAUCAAUGUAAUGUAAAAGAACAGGCUGCUUUGGCGGCUGAAAUGCAAAGCACGCACCUAUAUCUAUGCCAAUGGCUCAAAAAUGAAUCUAAGGAAGGAAUUAUGAAACGUCGCGCAUUAGUCAUGGCGUUGAGUGAGACGUCGGUCGAUGUGCUUGUACCUUCGCUCUUGGUUGAAAAACGUGUGUACCUUGAUUGUCUUCCGCUGGACGAGGCCAAAUGGGACCCCUCUUCGCAAUCACUCAUGCUGACAUGGAGUAAAGGUAUUCACUCCAUUGCAUGGUUUGGCCACGCGAUUGAUGAUGCACAGUGUAUGAAAGUAUGGGAGACAGAAAAAGAGCGACAAACAAAAGAGACAUCAACUGCACCUGUUUGUCAACAGCAAAGAAUUAUGACCUUGACAGAGGUUGACGUAUUUAUUCUGUCAGAUAUGGACAAGAGCCCGCCCAUUCUCAAAGUAGUUAUUGCCAAUCCAUGUGCCUGA